AUGCCACCCAAAAAACCCACCUUCCCCUACCGACGGGGCUCCAAUGCCUCGGAAGAUGACUUCUUCGAUCUCCCCGACGAGUCGUGUCUAUCCAUAGCCAAACGCCAGCUACGACAUGUCCGAACAUGGGCCGUAGUCGCCCUUAUCGUCCUAUUUAUCCUGUGGCAACGUCGGGAACGUCCCCCGCCCCUGCCCCUACCACAUAUCCACUACGACGAAGUUGAUUGGUCGCGCUUUGCCUAUACCCAGUAUGCAACCAACGAGGUGUACAUGUGUAACUGCCUGAUGGUCUUCGAGGCUCUGCACAGACUCGGCAGCAAGGCGGACCGCGUGCUAUUCUACCCGGAGGAAUGGGACCUCGUUGUCGAGAAUGAGUUUGAUCGCGUCAGCCAGUUGCUACUUGAGGCGAAGCACAAGUACCAAGUGAUGUUGAUCCCGAUUAAGAUCGAGGGGGUCCAGGACCCAUCGGUAUCCGGCUCCAGAGCUUCGUGGGAUACUAGCACCGCCAAGCUCAUGGCCUUUGGCGAGCAUGAAUACGAUCGUGUCAUCCACCUCGACUCGGACGUUAUUCUCCUUCAGACAAUGGACGAGCUCUUCUUCCUCCCGCCUGCCACUGUCGCCAUGCCACGUGCCUAUUGGCUUCUCCCCGACAAACUGCUCUCGUCCCUCUUGGUCGUCAUUGAGCCCUCCCUCCGGGAAUACCUUGCCUUGACCGACGUUACUACCCUCGCCCAGAACGGCCAAGUCGAUAUGAACGUGACGGACCAUCGGUAUGAUAUGGAGUUGUUGAACAGACGGUAUGGGGAUUCUGCGAUGGUUCUUCCGCAUCGGCAAUAUGGUCUACUGACUGGCGAGUUCCGGACGAAGGAUCAUCGGAAGUUCCUGGGGAAUGAUGAUGAGGUCUGGGAUCCUGACCAGGUCCUGGCGCAGGCUAAGUUUGUACACUUUUCGGAUUGGCCGCUGCCAAAGCCGUGGAUCAUGUGGCCGCAGGACAUGUUGGUGGCGGAGCAGCCGAAAUGUGACCAAAACCCUGGCACGCCGCAGGAGAGUGGAUGUCGGGAUCGGGAGAUUUGGAAGAUGAUCUAUGAUAAAUAUCGGAGACAACGAAAGGAUGUUUGCAAGCUACUCAGUUAUCCGGCGCCGUAUUGA